CUUUUUUUUUUUUUUUUUUUUUUUUUUUUGUAACACAAUAAAAGCACGUCUGAAUUACAACACCUGGUAACUCAAGUCUUGCUUAUGCUGUACAGAAAAAUGUGCACGUAACAUUACUGAGAAAUCUUACACCUCAAAGGGCCUGGAGUUGUUCUGCUUCAUCAGCAAAGCUCCCGAGACAACAGCGCUGCCCAGAACAGGAGCCCCUCACAGCCAGAACUGUUAUUUUAAUACCGUUUAAAGAAAGAUUUCCAAGGUCUUGAACACCAGCAUGCGAGUAGCAGACAGCAGUCAAAGCUCUGCGUCUGCAACGAGAAUCAAAGGCUCAGAACCUGCUUAGGAGCAGGCCCGCCUGGUGCUGAAGGCACUCUGUUUUUCUGUAGCGUGCACUCAGGUUCAUGUGCUCAGGCUCGGCCCUGCGGCUGGGAGCUGCACACACAGCACUCAAGCGGAGAAGGCAGAAAUCAGGGCGGUGUUUUGUCUCAUUACACAAACGCGGCCGCCUCAUCGCGCGGCGCUUUCCCCCUGCGGGCCGUGGCGGCGCCUCCCGGAAAUGACCUCCCGAUCCCGGAAGUGAUCGCCGCAGCUUCCGGAAGCGGCCCGCCGUUGCCUAGCAAUCCAACGCCGCCGCUAAGCGCGGCCCCGAUGGGCUCCCGCGGGCAGCCCGGGCCCUGCCGCCAUCCCCGGGCGCCGUGCGAGGCUCAGGGGCCGCGGUCGUUCUCCCAUUUGCCGCUGGGCUCAGAGCCAGCCGGCCCGCUGGGCUUAGCGCCCGAACCGCGGCACGAUGAGCUGUGCAUCCCCGCCCCGCUGCGCGCCCGCUGUCCCGGUACCUGCGACAGGGCGACGUCGCCGGGUCCGCCGGAAGAUCUCCGGUCCGGCGACCGGCCUGCCGGGGAGCAGGACGGGAAGGAAGGGCCGCCGGGGCAGCAGCAACCCGCGGGGGAUCCGUGCGAAAGGCAUUCAGAUAACGUCCCGUGGUACAUCCGUACCAUUAAUGAAAAGGAAGAAUGUCUCACAACACUGGUAGCUGAGAUCGAUCGUCUUGCAAAGUACCGGGCAGAGUGUGCACAGAAGGACGUGGUGAUUGCUAAUCUCCUGAGGGAAGUGGAAAGUCUGAAGAAACAGCUGGAGUUGCUCAAGGACAGAGCUGACACAGAGGAGCACACAGAAACAAAACAAGGGAUCUCAAGUGAAGAUGCCACUGAAGUUCUCAAUGAAGCGAGCGCCCCAGGAGCCAUUCCAGAGCAGGCAGAAGCAGAGCAGCAGGCCCUGAUGGCUCAGCUCACUGCAUUGCAGAAAGCCCACAAAGAGCUCCGUGCAGAACUACAAAAAGCAGAAGAUGACUACAACAUGGCCACAGGUGCCAUGUGCUCCUUGCAAAGACAACUGGAGAUCCGAGAAUCCCAGCUCCGGAGAACCGAAUCUGAAAAUGAAAGGCUCCAAAAGGAGAUCAGAGGGCGAGAGAAUCAGCUGCAAGCCAUGUCUGCCAAGUUUGGCAGUCUGAGAGAAGAACGGAAACAUGAAGAAAUGAUGGCAGCAAUGGAGAAGGAGAACUGCAGCCUUCGGCAGGUUGUUACAGAGCAAGAAUCCAAACUGGGUGAGCAGAUGGAGCUGAUCAGUGGUUUGCAGGGCACAACGUGGCAGCUGCAGGCGGAGGCUCUGACCAACCGGUACCACAUCCAGAAGCAGCAACGUGCCCAGGAGAAAAUGCAGAGCCAAGCUGAAAUGCUGCAGCAGGCAGAGCUACAAACCAGAGUGGCACUUGAGCGCAUCACCAGCAAGUUUGAAAGAUUUCGAAGCAAAAUAAUUCAGGCUACAUUCAGUGCAGCAGGCAUCAAAGCUCCCCAGGCAGAACUCACUGAUGAGGAGGUGCUGGAGGCAAUGCAGAAAAUAAUUAACGAGCGCACUGAGUUCCAUCAGAUGCUGAAACAAAAAGGCAUCAAGGUUCCAUCCCUCACCAACAUCGACACGUUCACCUCAUCGCCAGGCAUUUCAAAGGGAAGGAGGUGAAGGGCAGCAUCU